CGUCACCCAGGGGCGGGGCGUGCUGCCGGUUGAGAGGUCAGGGGGCGGAGCUUGUGUCGGACCCGGAUGGCGGCGGCGGUGGCGGUGUUGAGGAGAUUGGGGCCGAGGCCGGGCAUGGGGCUCCGGCUGGAGCUGAGAGUGGAUCAGACAGAGAGAGGUGUGCGCUGGGCCUCGAGCUCAGUCACGCGGACUGAAGCAGAGCAAGAUCCCGACAUAGCGGAGAAUGGAGUGGUCACAGAACGCUUCAUCAACCACAACCCUCGGAAUCUGGAGCGCCUGGCCCUGGCAAGGAAGGACAAAGGCUGGCAAACCGUCUGGCCAAGGCUCAACUACUGGCACAGGCUGCGCUUCAGGAAGACCCAGCGACACGUCACGGCCUACGUGGAGGCAGCAGGGAGCGGGGGCAAGGCCGUCAUCUCAGCCUCCACCCAGGAGUGGGCCAUCAAGAAGCACCUGUCCAGCACCCGAGAUGUCGCUGCGGCUGAGAAUGUGGGCCGGGUCUUGGCCCAGCGCUGCCUGGAGGCUGGGAUCAGCUACCUCACCUUCCGGGCCAUUCCUUGGGAAUACCGGGCAGAAUCGGUCCAGCGAUUCCGUUCCGCCAUGAAAGAUGGUGGGGUGAUACUGAGUGAACCACGGAGAGUGUACCGGUGAUCAGAGGGAGCAGAGGGUGAGCAUGCGAGUGAGAUGGGCCACAGUCAGAGACACAAGCACCUUCUCGAUCUGAAUAAAGUCAAGGUUUCUCUCUC